UGCUGUGCGCUUGAACCGCUGGAGGAGCCUCUGGCAUUCUGCCGUUGGCAGUCCCUGUGGGGCCCCUGUUUGGACUCUUAGAGGUAGAUUGUCCUGCUGCAGCCGAGAUUGGGGUCUCCGCUGGACGUAGCCCUUUGGGGCCGGGCUCCUCGUCUCUUCCCUGGGGUCCAGCCUUUCGGAGAUCGCUAAUACAGUCUCCGUCGGUGCAGAGCCCGAGAGCAGCAGACAUCUCAGCAGCCCUCAGUUCCAACCAGCCAGCAGCCCCGUGCUCUCGUUACCUACCAUGCAGCCCCAGUCAGCUCUGCACAGUGGCUACUUCCACCCCUUGCUUCGGACCUGGCAGGCAGCCACCACCACACUCAAUGCCUCCAAUCUUAUCUACCCCAUCUUUGUCACGGAUGUUCCUGAUGAUGUACAGCCCAUCGCCAGCCUCCCAGGAGUGGCCAGGUAUGGUGUGAACCGGCUAGAAGAGAUGCUGAAGCCCCUAGUGGAAGAGGGCCUACGUUGUGUCCUGGUGUUCGGAGUCCCCAGCAAAGUUCCCAAGGAUGAGCGGGGCUCUGCAGCUGACUCCGAGGACUCCCCAGCCAUUGAGGCGAUCCGUCUGUUGCGCAAGACCUUCCCCAGCCUCCUGGUGGCCUGUGAUGUCUGCCUGUGCCCCUACACCUCCCAUGGUCACUGCGGGCUCCUGAACAAGAAUGGGGUAUUGCAGGCUGAGGAGAGCCGCCAGCGGCUGGCAGAGGUGGCACUGGCCUAUGCCAAGGCAGGAUGUCAGGUGGUAGCCCCAUCGGACAUGAUGGAUGGACGGGUGGAAGCUAUCAAGGAGGCUCUGAUGGCGCAUGGACUUGGCAACAGGGUAUCGGUGAUGAGCUACAGUGCCAAAUUUGCUUCCUGUUUCUAUGGACCUUUCCGGGAUGCAGCUCAGUCAAGCCCAGCUUUUGGAGACCGCCGCUGCUACCAGCUGCCACCGGGAGCACGAGGCCUGGCCCUCCGAGCGGUGGACCGGGACGUACGGGAAGGAGCCGACGUGCUCAUGGUGAAGCCAGGAAUGCCCUAUCUGGACAUUGUGCGGGAGGUGAAGGACAAGCAUCCUGAGCUCCCUCUGGCUGUGUACCACGUUUCUGGAGAGUUUGCCAUGCUGUGGCAUGGAGCCCGGGCCAGGGCAUUUGAUCUCAAGGCUGCUGUACUAGAGGCCAUGACUGCCUUCCGCAGAGCAGGUGCAGACAUCAUCAUCACCUACUACACACCUCAGCUGCUGCAGUGGCUGAAGGAGGAGUGACAGAGAGUGUUCAAGACCCAAAAGCUAGGACUUCAAAAAGGUCCCAGGGCCUUGGAGAAAUGAAAACCAAAGUAAAUGCUGCUUUAGAACUGUGCCCUCGUGCCGUCUUCCUGCUUACAUCCCAGCAGGGGCCCUGCAGCCCUGGCUGGCUUCUUCCAAGAGGCCAAAUCUUACCCCUCACAGCAACAUCCUCAUAGGCUCUCCCAAGCUUCCCCUUUCCUCCCCUGGCUCAGCCCUGAGGCUCUCCUCUCUUGUCCCCAGCUCCUUUGCUGUAGUUUCAGCUCAAAGCCACUAGGAGUCACAGGCGCAGGCUUGGUGGGGCCUGAAAGAGGGGCUUUGGAAAUAGGGGAAGAAGAGGGCAGUUGGGUCAUGGAUCCUGAGAAGCUCUGGGAAGCCCAAGGCCUCUGGCAGCAGAGCUGGGUGCUGGGACUGAGGACUAGAUUAACAUCCCCAGGUUUAGAGUUGAGAUUCACUGCACUUUUCCUGGAAGGUGAUUUUCCCACACAGUCCAGGGGUUGCCAGGCUUCUUAAGAUCUCGUGUUCUACUCCCAGCCAUAAACCUAAAGAAAAAUUACUCAUUAACAAGCAGAAACAUUGCCUGAGGAUCAACAUUCAGAAGCAAAAAAAAAGUUCCUGACUAUCAGAGAUGCCACCACCACAAAGGCUUUUUAUCGAAGAGAGAUUUUUUUAUAACAUCUGCUCUGUGCCUGGACACAAUACUGAGGAUAUAUAGCAAGACAUACCUCAGCUUGUCUCUCUGCCUGGGAUCUAUACAAGGAGAAUAGGGGAAACAAUAAGAAAACAGACUAAGAAAGCAAUUACAAAUUGUAAUAAGUGCUUUGAAGAAAAGAAAGGGUGUCUGAGACAGAAUAACAGACGAGGGCCUUUCUUGAGAGGACAGUUGAGAAGCCCCCCCUGAGGUUCCCUCCUUACAGUGAGCAGAGGGAAGCGCACCAAAAGCCACGGAUGACACGAAGCUUUCAAAGACCUUGCAGCAGGCGGAGCUUGGCAGGGCUGCUGGCAUCGGUGACGAAGAGGAAGGUGGCUGACGGGACUGGAGGGUGGAAGGGUAGACACUGCACCUUGAAGGAAGCAUAGAUCUUAUUUUGCAUCUGACAGAAAGCCAUGUGAAGGGUCUUAGCCAGAUGUUACGUGUGCUCCAAUUUCCCACAGUCUGCCGCUAUGAAAAACUGGAGGGCAAGAGAGAAAGAGCCUGGUUGGGAGGCUCUUAGAGACCCUAGUGAGUGAUGAGGGUGGCCGGUCCCAGGGCGGUGGCAGUAGGGAGAGGAGGAAGCAAAUGUAUUCAGGAUGCAUUUUGAAGACAGAAUUAGCAGAUCUCGCCAAAGCUUUAAAUCUGAGACUGGGGAGACAGGUGUUAAGGGUGAGGAAAGAAACAGAUGCUCCAUUGGUUUCUGACUUGAGCAUCUAGAUGAGUGGUUUUACUUCAUUCUUCUGAGACUGACACCACAUGUUUCCCCCUAAUGAAAGUUAAGGUCCAUCUAAGUAGGGGCCAGCGUGCAAGUCCACCUGCCUAUUUGCAAAGUGACAGGACAUUCCAACUCUAAGGGGCCCAAACCAUUAAUCGAAGAUGAGCCACCGAUGGGCCUUGGGGCUUUGAGCAAACCAGAACCUUCCACCAUCUUGAUUUCCUGGCUUCCUCUCUCCUGGCCCCUGAGCUCAUUUCUGGUUAGUGUAGAAGGGAAGGUUCUUCAAGGCCAUCCCAGAUUUGUCAUUGCCAAGCAAAUGGGGGACCUGGCUCUGCUCUAGGCACAGAGAGACAGUAGAUAGACACUGCCCUUUAGCUACCAACAGCAGACAACUCUGCAUCCAGACUCCACCCCCCAGGGUAAACAUUAAGGAUUUAUCACAAGUAUGUGUCACCCUGAGGAGAACCAGGAGACAGAUGUGUCACCAAGUGGCACCUCGAUAGGUGCUGUGGUGGUCACCAGGACCUGACCUGGUCUGAAGAACCAGAAAAUGCUUCCUUGAGGGAGUGACAUUGAAGUCUAGACCUGAAAGAUAAGCAACCAUGCUGACAUAUCUGGUGAAGAGCAUUCCAGGCAGAGGGACACUUGGGGUGAGAUGAGCUGAAAGAACACAAGGCUGGUAUGACUGUAGUUCAGGGAAAGAUGGAGGAGGAAGUGACCUGAACCGAGUGGGGAGAGAUGAAGGCCAAACCAUAAAAGGGCUCAAAAGCCAUGCUUAAGGAGGAUGGAGAGCCUUUAUUCCAAGAGGAAGGGGAGCCAUUUGAAGGGUUUUAAGCAGGGGAAUGACUUCACUCUGAUUUCGCAUGUUAUAAAAGCAUUUUGACAGUGCUUUGGCAAGUGCAGAUAAGAAAUUUUGUGUCCAGGACUAGAGUGGAGACAGUGGGGGGUGGAGAAUGGGAUGGAUUUAGGAGGUAAGUUAGAGGUGAAAAAUGACGUUGGCUUGAGCUCCUGGAUUGCCUGGGCCAUUUAAUGAGAUGUGAAGGCUUAGAAGAGGGUUGGUGGAGGGGGAAUCCUAAAUUUACCUGGGUUUGCAAUGAAGAAGCUAUAUCUAGACAGCUUAUAUGACUUUCCCCAAGGCCACUCAAGAAGUCUGGUAGAACUGAAUCUGGAACCCCAGUCACGGAAAACAUUGAGCUAGGAUUUGAACCCACAUAGCCCAACAACAAGGCCUUUACCCUAACCACUAUGCAAUACCAGCUCUCAAUGUAGUAGCAAAAUUGUGGGUCUAACACGAUGCUAUUAUUAGCUCCAGUUAUAGGGCAGACCAAGGGGCUGAGUUGCCUUCAGAGAUCAUGGUCUGUAUGAGUGGUGGCCUCUGGAGUCAGGAUUUGUCACCAGAAGUGCCAGCCUAGUGUCUUCUCCGGCCCCCCUUGUUUUGUUUACAGAGGCAGUAAUGGAGGGAUUUGGGCAGUCCAUGGGGUACUAGUUCCUCCACAGGCGCCUGCUUGUCCUGUUCUCACUAGUAGUAAUUUUAUCCUUGGGCAGAGAGAACUCAGCUUUCACAAUCAGCAAGGCAUAUUGUCCUCAGACUUCCAAACAUCACAACCAAUUGGUGAACAUUAAGGACGUUUCUUCCUCAGACAAUUUUUCUUAUUUCCUUCCCAGAUGUGCCAGCUUGGGCUGUAAUGUAUCUUGUUUCUUGUAGGCCACAACAAAUCACCAACACAUUCCACCAUCCUCACUUUUUGUUUCACUAAUACCCUAAAAUUACAGCCUCAGUGGUCAUACAGUCAAGGGUCUCAAAAAACAACAGGCUCUUGAACCAACCACUUUACUACAAUUUCCCAACAAGAGUAGGAGAAAUCCCCACCUGCUCCAUACCCGAUGUGGACUCCGCCAAUUCUACAUAUUAGGGCCUGUGACAUGCAGCGCUGUAUAUUCUGUAUUGUUCUGGGUACUCUUGGCUGCAAGAACAGAAGCUCAAUUCAGUAGCAAAAAGGAAAUAAUUGGUUUUCAUAACUGAAUAGUGAUGCAGUCCGGUGUGGUUGGGUCCAGGGUCCAACCCUCUCGUGGAGGCUCUGUCCCUUCCUAGUUCUCACCUAGUUUUGGUUUUAUUCUAAGAUGGGCUUUUGCCACUAGAAAGCAACAUGAUCCCUAGAUAGUCCUUAAAACUUAGAAUCCCAGAGAAAGAUAGAUACCUUCAGUCCCAUCAUUCAUAUAACAAGUCUCUGGAGGUCUCUGAUUGGCCUUGUUCAGAUCACAUGACCAGCUUCUUGUUUUUAGUCACUAAACAAAGGCAUGGGAGAUACGGCACCAUGAUUGACAGGGUCUGCCUCAUUACACAGAAGUCUGGCGGGGUCUCAGAGCUUUCGUACCAGUGGUCCCCUUUACCUGAAAUGCUCUUCCCCCAAAUCUGUAUGGCUGUGUCCUUUUUGUUAAGAUCUUGGCUCAAAUGUCACUUCCUCAAACCUGCCCUGACACCAAAUUUAAAGUCAUUCCCCUGUCACUCUGUAUUAGUCAGGAUUUAACCACAACCAGGAUAGUGAUAGCUUUUUAAGAGAGGAGUGUUCCUCCCUAAGCAGUACAGUCUAUGUCAACACAUAGUGUAGGGGGUCAUGGCUUCUGCCUUGUUCUGUCUUCCUCAACAUAUCCUGGCUUCCAUCUUGUGAUAAAGAUGGGGGAUCCAGUUGCCACCACUGGGUCCUCUUUUUAGUCAGCAGAAGGAGAAAGGCAAGUGGAGGGCAUGACACUUCUUUAUAAGGGCAUAAUCCAGAAGUUGCACACAUCACUUCUGUCCACAUGCCCUUAUUUAAAUUUAGUCACAUGGCCAUACCUAGUUGUAUAAGGGAGGCUGGAAAAUCGAGUCUAGUGGGGCAGCCACAUGCUCAGUCAAAACUCAAGGAUUCAAUUACUAAGGAAGAUGGAGAUAAUGUAUGUGGUGAUGAGUGGCCAUCCCCACCACCUGGAGUUCCCUGCAGUCACAGAAACAGUGGUCAGAAUGUCCAAAGAAAUUGGUCCUUAGAACUAGGUAAACAUAGUUUUUUAUAUGGGAGACAGACCCAGAGAGGCUACUUGUUGAACUUCACAAAAGUCAGUGGCAGACCAACGCUGGGAUUCAGGUGUAACUCCAAGCCCAGUGCUCAAAACUGGGGAAGGGAUUGUAAAGGAGUAGGGGGCAAGGGGUUGGUUUUAGAGGAACUUUAGCUUUUUAUGUAUUACCUAGCUUCAAAUGCAUUUUUAUAUCCAUGUAUUAUAUCUAACAAGGAUAUACUUGUGUUACUUAAAUAAAAAUAAAUGAAAACUUGGCCAAUA